UAAUGUUUUGGGUAGUGUACGGCGUUAUGCACACUAGAUCAGUUUGACGUCAAAUUGAUCAUUUUCUGUGCAUUACGAUAAAUUAAAAAUACAUUUUUUAGUUCUUUAAAAACAAAGCCUUUUCCAUUUCCAACGUUAGUCUUUUUGGUCGAGUUAUCAGUCGUAAACAUAUUUUUAAAAAAAAUUUUGUUCAUCCAAAAAAAAACAAAAGAUGAACUUACCACUUUUUCGGGGAGCAUUUUUGUGUUGUGUUUUUCUGUUACUACUGAUUUCAAAACCACAUACAGUCGAUGCAUUUGCUGUAAAUCAAUCUACGCUUUUGAGUUCAUUGGAUAAAAUACAACCAAGGAGUGAUGAUUUACCAUCUUGUGAGAUCUACUGCCGAGGAGAUCUUCUGCACACCAUACAAAUGGCGCAUUUAUACAAAGAUUCCAAAACAUUCGUGGACAUGAAACUUAAAAAUUCACCAACUGUCACAAUCGAAAAAUUUAAACAAUUCAUGCAAAAAACCAACAACUCACCCAACCAAACGGAAGUACAAAACUUUGUUAACGACAAUUUUGAAGACCGUGGCAAAGAAUUUGUCUCAUGGACUCCAGAAGAUUGGAUAGAAAAUCCAAGGUUCCUCAACAAUAUACGAAAUGCAAAGCUGAGACAAUUCGCAAGUGAUUUGAAUGGCAUAUGGAAAAUCCUCGGACGCAAAAUGAUUGACGAUGUCCACAAGAAUCCCGAAUACUAUUCCAUCAUUCCUGUGAACAAUCCAGUUAUUGUUCCGGGUGGACGAUUCAUUGAAUUCUACUAUUGGGAUUCAUUUUGGAUCAUUCGUGGUCUCCUGCAUUCACAAAUGUAUCAAACAGCCCGUGGGAUGUUGUCGAACUUCUUGUCCAUUAUCCAGCGUCUGGGUUUCAUUCCGAACGGUGGUCGUGUCUAUUAUGCCAAACGUUCUCAACCACCACUCUUAUCGGGAAUGAUCAAAUCCUAUGUGGAAUUUACCAAGGACGAACAAUUCGCUAUAGAUGGUGUUGGAACGUUGGCAGAUGAAUUUGAAUUCUUCAUGGAGAAUCACAUGGUUGAUGUUAAGGGUUAUAAAUUGGCUGUUUAUCGUGAUAAAUCAGUCGGACCAAGACCAGAAUCGUACAGAGAAGAUUUCGAGAAUGCGAAGAUUUUUAAUACACAAGAAGAAAAGCAAGCAUUCUACUCGGAACUGGCAGCAGCAGCUGAGUCUUCAAUGGACUUUACCAGUCGCUGGUAUAUAAAUAGCGUCAAUGGAACGAACAAGGGACGUCUCACGGACCUCAAGACUCGAUCUAUUGUUGCCGUCGACUUGAACGCCAUCUUGUAUUCGAAUGCAAAAAUUAUUGCCGAAUUUUACCUCUAUCAAAAUAAUGUUCAGAAAACAGCAGAAUAUGAGGAAAAGGCUGCUCGUCUUUUAGAGGCUAUUCAAGCUGUUUUAUGGAAUGAAGAAGUCGGAGUUUGGUUGGAUUAUGAUCUUAUAAACCAAAAACCACGAAACUACUUUUCACCUACAAAUCUAUCACCGUUAUGGACAAAGGCAUUCAACGGAAAUGAGAGUACAAAAAUAUCAAAAUCAGUACUCAAGUAUUUGACUGAUUUAAAAUUGGAUCAAUAUCCUGGUGGAGUUCCGAAUACACUUGAAAGUACUGGCGAACAAUGGGACUUUCCAAAUGCUUGGCCACCAAUGCAACAUGUUAUAAUUGAAGCCUUAGCCAAUUUGAGAACUCCAGAAGCUACUCAAAUGUCCAAGGAACUGAGCUACAAAUGGGUUAGGUCAAAUUAUGAUGCAUACGUUAGAACCAAGGCUAUGCAUGAAAAAUACGAUGCUUCAGUUUUUGGAGGCACUGGGGGCGGUGGUGAAUAUGAAACUCAAACCGGGUUUGGUUGGUCUAAUGGAGUUAUUAUUGACUUGCUUGCCAAAUAUGGUGAAGAUAUCACACCAGCAAAUGGAGCCAUCAAAACAACAAACGUUAUAAGCCUGAUAGUGGUCACUUCAAUGGCAAUGAUUGUUUCAACAUUUAGACGUUCUAUGUAAUGGAAUUUAAAGUUAUGACUCUUGUAUAAGAAUCAACAAUGAAACUUUUAUAUUUUUAGCAUUUAAUUACGUUCAAAAAACAAUAACAUGUUUUCUA